AGGAUAAAAAUAUAAAAAAAAGUAGCCUUGUUUGCAUGGACAUCGCAGUUUUUUUACUCCAAUGGAUCUAUAUUUACUUUUAACACAUCGAGCUUCACCUUCUAAAGUUUAUGGACAAUUUAUUGUGUUAUAGGUAAGGUAACUGCAGCGGAAUUGACGUUAACUAGCAAACUGGUAUUGGUGUUGUCGUUUCCUUCGUUUCUUCUUUUCCAGAAACCGACAGUCAUGUCGUUAUUUAGUGUACAAGCUAGAAAGCAUACUGCUUACUAUGAUAGUUUAAUGUCAACUUCAACAGCUAGGACACCUGGCAGAGGUGUGAUUUCAGAGCGGAAAACGACGGAUACGAUGCUGGGAAAGAGUGAUAUUACAUCCGGAGAGUCGGGGUUUGAAGUCAGCAGAUUAUCUGAUAAAAGCCGGCAGGUGAACAGGACUUAUGUCAUAUCUACACUGUCAAAGCAGCAGACACCUUACCGCGGCCGGCUUACUCUUCAGAGGAGGUCAAGGAGGAAAACUGGGGCUGAACCAGCGGAUAAGACAUUAGCUGAAAGCAGCCAGAACAGCACACCAGCCCCGGAGAAAAGACUGACCUUACAGCGCAGGACCAGGACUCCAUCUAUGGAUAAAAGCACGCCCCGCCAGCGUGGGGUCAGCGGCACAGGCUUGCAACAGACACCCAAAGUUCUCAGUGAACCUAAUGGCAGGGCUCCAGGUGUAUUCAGGUCCAUAAGUUUAAAAGAAACUGCACCUAGAAGCAGAGGAAGAGACACUCAUGUGGAUACCCAUGGAAGGUUGGCUCAGAGUAGGACGCCAUUCUCUGUGUCUUCAUCCAUAAGCAGGCAGCUAGAGGACCAGACCCAAACCUUUAAAACCCCCACCAAAAAGACCCCUUUUGAGAAAAUCGCCGCCAAGAGAGACGUUUUUGAGCGUUUGGCAGCCAAAGAAGCUCCUAAACCAGUGGUAGUAAAAGUUACAAGUCUAGAGAGACCCAACUCCAGACCACAGCAAGGAGAGGACACCAAACCUGUCCCUGCUCCUCGAGUUAGUAAAGCAUCUGCAGGUGUGCAAAAGCCCAACGCAGCUCAGCAGGUGAGGAAGACCUCCACCUCGAGCCAAAAGGGAGAAGUGACACAGACAAGGACAUCCACACCUGCCCCAACUUCAACUUUCACAGAGCAGCCUCUGUCCUGUCCCAGUGAGGCCCUGAAGCAGCAGGAUUCAUUUAAGAUGGAAAACAGUGCCGUUACUGUUGCUGUCCGUGUACGCCCUUUUAAUGCUAGGGAGAAGGUGGAGAAAGCAUCACAGGUCAUCUUCAUGAAUGGUCAAGAGACUGUUGUCCAUCAUCCAGACUCCAAACAGAGCUACUCUUUCAGCUAUGACUUCUCUUUCUGUUCUGUGGAUGAGUGUGACCCCACGUUUGCCAGCCAGCAGACGGUGUAUGAAACACUGGCUAAACCUCUGCUGCUUAGGGCCUUCGAAGGGUUCAACACCUGCCUGUUUGCUUAUGGACAAACCGGCUCAGGGAAGUCUUACACGAUGAUGGGCUUUGGGGAAGAGGAAGGGGUCAUCCCACGAUUUUGUGAGGAGCUUUUUGCAAGAUUGACAUCAAUGGAAAAUGAACAAGUCAAAUGCCAUGUAGAAAUGAGCUACUUUGAGGUGUACAAUGAGAAGAUCCAUGACCUGCUGGUUACCAGGGAUGAACCAAACCAGAGGAGAAUGCCUCUAAGAGUGAGGGAACAUCCAGUCCAUGGCCCCUACGUUGCUGACCUCUCUGCGAACAUUGUGAGCUCUUACAGUGACAUUCAGGGUUGGCUGAAGCUCGGAAACAAACAGAGAGCAACGGCAGCCACAGGAAUGAACGACAAAAGCUCCAGAUCUCACUCAGUCUUCACACUAGUGAUGACCCAGACUCAGACUGAGUUUGUUGAAGGUGAGGAGCAUGACCACAGUAUUACCAGCCGGAUCAACCUGGUGGACCUGGCAGGCAGCGAACGCUGUCGCUCUGCUCAGACAACUGGAGACAGACUCAGGGAAGGUGCUAGCAUUAACAAAUCCCUGCUUACCUUGGGAAAGGUCAUCUCUGCCCUGUCAGAACAAGCACUGACCAGAAAGAAGGUCUUCAUACCGUACCGAGAGUCUGUUCUGACAUGGCUGUUGAAAGAGAGCCUUGGUGGUAACUCUAAGACGGCGAUGAUUGCCACGCUGAGUCCAGCAGGCUGCAAUGUGGAGGAAAGCCUAAGUACCCUGCGCUAUGCUCAGCAGGCCCGCACCAUCAUUAAUGUGGCAAAAGUCAAUGAGGACACUAGUGCCAAGUUGAUCAGAGAGUUGAAGGCUGAGGUGGAGAAGCUGCGAGCAGCCCAGAUGAGCUCUCAGGGCAUCGAGCCAGAGAGGGUCAGGCUGUUCGAGCAGGAGAUCACUGCCCUGAGAAACAAACUCUGUCAGCAGGAGAGAGAAAUGGUCGAGGCCAACCGGGCAUGGAGAGAGAAGCUGGAACAAGCAGAAAUCCGCAAACGUGAAGAAACCAAAGAGUUGCAAAAAGUAGGCGUGUCAUUCAAAGUGGACAAUCGUCUUCCUAAUCUGGUGAACCUGAACGAGGAUCCUCAGCUGUCUGAAAUGCUUCUCUACAUGAUCAAAGAGGGUCGAACCACAGUGGGGAAGCUCAAGUCGGAGUCCAGCCAUGACAUCCAACUAACAGGAGCCCUCAUUGCUGACCAACAUUGUGUUAUAAACAACAUCCAGGGUACAGUGAGCGUCACUCCCAUGGACAACGCCAAAACUUUUGUUAAUGGAAACCUUGUGUCAGAAUCAACAGUGCUGCACCAUGGUGACAGGGUGAUUCUGGGCGGAGACCACUACUUCCGCUUUAACCAUCCAGCAGAGGUGCAGUCUGGGAAGCGGGUGUCAUGCUGGACAGGUGCAGGCAAUGGCCACAAAGAUUUUGAAUUUGCCAAAAAUGAGCUGCUUGCUGCUCAAAGAGCUCAGCUGGAAGCAGAAAUUGAGGAAGCCCAUUUAAAGGCCAAAGAGGAGAUGAUGCAGGGAAUCCAGAUGGCGAAAGAAGUGGCCCAGAAGGAGCUUCUUGACCAGAAGGCUCUUUAUGAAGACAAGAUCCAAGCCCUGGAGAGAGAGCUGAGUGGGGAGAGUGAGCGAAAGCGUCAGCAGGAUUUAGACCAGCAAAGGGUGGCCAACCAAAUGGCAGAGCUGAAGAUGGCAAAGCUGGAGCUGGAGCAGGAGGUGGACACCCACAAGAAACGCCUCCGUCUGCACAUGGAAGCCCAGGCAAUGGAAGAACACCGUGUGCGUCAGGCGAGGAUUGUUGAGGCCCUGGAGGCUGAGAAGAGGAAGAUCAGCAAAGAGCUCGAGGAGAUACAAAAGAAAAGAGCCCUAAGGGAAAAUCACACUCCCAGAAAUGUGUCUCCUCAGUGGGAUGCCAUGAAGCUGUCUCUGAUGAUUGAGGAGGCCAACAAGAUUAGUGCUAAACUGAAGAAAAACACAGUUUUUAGCCGACAUGAAAGCUCUGAUGAUGGGAACCAGGAAAAUGGGGGCUUGCUGCAGGUGCGGGUUCAGAACACCAAGCUGGGGAUCUCUACUUUCUGGAGCCUGGAUAAGUUCCAAAACAAUAUGGCAGCCAUGAGGGAGAUUGAGCAGGGGGAUCACACCUCUAAAGAUGACGAUGUGUUUUAUGACCCUGAUGAUGAGUGGGAGCAAGAUAUAUCGGCCUCCUCUGCUUCCACAACCUCCUUUUCACGCCGAAGGAGCAGGAGCUUGUUGAAGAGCAGGAGAAUCUCAGGGCGUCUCUAUGAGAUCCGGGUCCAUCCAAUUCAGAGCCUUCACAACAGCUCUUCACAGUCGACUGGGCUGAUGGGUUCAGCUAUGCCACCCUCCACUCAUUCCAGUAGCACUGAUUCCUCCAUGCCUGGCAUCUGCAAGGAGCUGAUUGGCCAGUCAGUGGCCUGUCUGCGUGGUUGUAGUGGGACAGAAGAGAGCUUGGCAGACAGGUUGGCCUCUGAUCUACAUAAGGUUUAUAUGGCGGUUCAGACCAUAUCUGACUCCUACAACAGCCUGGAUGAUGACAGUCAGGAGAAUGUUUUUAUGUGUAACUUGGCGGCCCAGACACAGCUGGUCAAGGCCACCGCAGCCAUAGAGAGUGUAGUGUUUGUUACCAUGCAGUGGUUGGCCAGCAUUAAACCCUCCUUUGGCCUGCUCUACACCGUUGCUGAGGAACUGAAGAGUCAAGUGAAGAAGAUGGGAGGAUUCUUCCAGCUGCUCAUCCAGGGUUGUGAAUCAGAGAUCACAUCGAUGGUGACGGAGGCGCAGAAGAAGAGCAGUCAGUGUUUGGACGCAGCAUUGCUUGCACUUGGCCACCUGGCGGCAAUGACAGGCAUGCAGCUGAAUGCUAUGGAGCGGGCUGCCCAAGCCACAGGCAAGAAAUCUAUUGUAGUGUGUCUGCUAAAGGGGGCCAAUAAAGGGGUUUGCUCCCUUUUAGAGGAGAGCCUCAUUAUCGCCAGAGAAAUGCUGAGAGCGGCUCAGGUGGCUUAUCCCAGGAACAAAGACCUGCAGAACCUUAAAUCUCGCACGCUUGAUUUAGCCCGUGCUCUGCAGAAUUUCAUGCACUUCCAUAUUACGGAGAGGCAGACCGACCCAGAGGAGGGGGAAGAGGAGGCCUCAGCUUCCCAUUUGCAGAGACUGAUGACUACAGCGACUAAGCUGUUCCAGCUGAACCAGGCCAUCAGGCAGCUGCAUUCCUCUGUGUCCGCGACAUUGCAAGGAAAAGACAGAGUCUCUGAUCUCAGCAGCUGCAUAGAAGCGAUCUCUUCCUCUGCCAAGACAGUAGAUGAGCAGGUCACUGAUCUGUCCAAAGAGGGGUCGUUGGCUCUGGCUUUGCAUCUUCCCUCUCAUGAGGGUGUCACUGCUGCACGAGAUGACCUCCAUUCUGCUCUGCAGUCUCUGUUCUUGUCCUGGAACCAAGACGGUGCAGAAGAAAGUAAAAACUCUGCUGCUCCAGAUAAGGGCAUAGAAGACAAAAUCUUAACCAAAGACAGAGCUAUCACUCACUGUGCUGUUAAAAAUCAAGUUGUGAGUAAGACGGUGUACUCCCUUCCUCCAGGUGUAUCAUUUAAGGGCAGCUCUCACUGGGUGUGAUGGAAAUUUAUACAAAUUCAUUUUUUUGUGCUGUGCUCACAUUGUGUAAAAUUUAUUGUAAAAAUGAACUGCUUGUAUCACAAAUAACUUGAGCUAACACUCCUGGUAACAAGUGGGUCAUAAAGCGGACAGAGUCUUAACAUCCAAGGUGAUCAUGUAUACAUUCACAACCUAUGCUACUUUCUCAAUGUAAAACAGAAAUAAUAAAUGCAGGUUUUCCAAAUCUUAUAAAUAUGGUUUUGAGGUUUAAGAUGAUUUUAGAUACAUGAACUGGGAACAAAAAUGUGUAGAAAUAAACAGCCGUUUAUGAUGUAAAAACACAUGUAAGACCAGUUAAAGAUUGUAAGGCUAAGUCAUUUAUUGAUGUAGCAGGCCUCCUCUGUUAUACAUGUUUUUAGGCCAUUUGAUUUUUUUUUCGCUUGGUUUAAGGCAAUUAACUAAUAUGUCUAUAUAAGGCAGCUCAGGUCAGGUUUUGUAAAAAAAAAAAAAAGAAAACUUCUUUCUCGUUUCUGCUGUAUAUAAUUUUUUUUUUUUCUGAUUUUUUUUUUGCACUCAAAUGGAGUUUUGCUCUUUUACGAUGUACAACACAUACGCUUCUAUUUGCACUCAGGAGAAUCUUGUAAGGCCUGUUUCUUAUCAAUUCUUGCACGCUGAUUUUUGUCCUUUAAGUCUUUUGUUUCUCUUGUAAAAAAGAUAAAUAUAGUCUCU